AUGGCAACCGCAAGGAAGGUGACAAUGAACUAUGCAGGAAAUACCCGCAAUACAAUGGAGCUUAAGAUAGAAGGCGAGACACAUACACUAGGAAAUCUUCUUUGUGAGGAGAUGCUGGAGGAUAAAAGAUGUCUAUUCAGCGCAUAUAGGGUCGAGCAUCCCACGGACAACCAUGUAUUUCUCCGCAUCACAGCAGAUAAGGAUUGCCAAGUAAGAGACCUUCUUCUCGAAACACUCAAAAGAAUUGAAGAAGACACUGUGUCUUUGAUGGGGCAGUUGAAAGGAUUCUAG